UGCAAUUAUAUUCUAAUAAAUAUUAAAAACAAUAUUUAUAUGAAGAUUAUAUAGUAAUAUUAGUAAAAUAUUUAUUUGGACAUUUGUGUUGUGUGUACGAUGUUUGUGUGUAUAAACGAACUAUUUCAAAGAUUUAAUUUCCGUUAAGAUGUUAAAACAGUAACAAUAAGGAUAAUCCUAUUUACUGUUAAUAACAUAACAAUAAUUAGAAUGAAUGAUACGAGAUAAAUUGAAGAAACGCUGUAUAUAUAGUAAAACAUGAGCAGAAAAAUGAAUAAACGUCUCGAAAUUGAGAAAAAUAGUAUAAAAAUAUAAUCAUUCUUAAUUUAAAUCGUUUAAAAAAUGGAGCCACAGAAGCCAUUCGCUUGUACACUUCCCGAUUGUGGGAUGACAUUCACGAAUGAAGAUCAUUUACAUGUUCAUACGAAAAAACAUGACAUGGUGCUUCAGUUGGGCAUGGAACAGAAAGCGGCUUUCGUAGCUGAUCAAACUCCGACACCGACUCGCUUCAUACGGAACUGCGAAGAGGUCGGACUCUUCCAAGAUCUCCAGAAUGUGAACCCCUUCGAUGAAGGCUUUAAGAGAGCUAUGGAGACUAAACAUGGCAUACUAUCUCUGGAGGCUGGAUCGUCGACGGAGGAUGCUUUGCACACCCCACAUCUCCUCUUCCCCCUGGAGCCAGGCGAUUGUACACUGUACACCGCUAACAAUCAACGCAACAUCACAAUUAGUAGAUCAUCAAGCGACGAAUCUGGCGCCGUCAAAGAAUAUGAAACGACAACUAUAUCGAAACUAACAAACGAAGUCACAACGAUAAGUAGAGUUGUCGGUAAAGAUGCGAUUGACAGAGUUAAGACUACAGACGACGUGUCCGUAGUCAGUCACGAGGAGUUAGCUAAAAACAAAGACGGAGUCAACGAAACAUCAGUUUCCUACACAAAUAAUGUCAUAAACAUACAUAGUAAUGUCGAAAUAAGAAAAUAUAGCUUAGUUAACAUAGACGCCAAUAAGACACCGACGGUUAUAUAUACAGAUUCAGUUAUAAAAGAUUCAACAACGAAAGAUGCGCCGCUGAUGAACAAAAAAGACAAAUUACCGCCGAUAAUGAGUCAGAAAUCACUAGAUUUUGUCGUCGACAGUCUAACGUCGGAUGUCUGUCGUGAUAACGACACGGUUAAAACGAAAAUACUUCAAAACGAUGCAAUAAAAUCUGAAAAUAUAAAAGAGAAGAAAGACUACGACGUUAUAAUCGAACAACCGAACGAUAAACGGGAUAGAAGGAAAGAUAUGGAUGAGAACGAAAGAACGGUACAGAAUAACACGAAGGAGAUACUAAAAAAAGUUAUCAAAAAUAAAUCUAUUAAGAACACAGCACCGAAACAAACGAUGCCGAAUGCAAUUGUACAGAAUAUCAUACCGAUAACGGCUGGUACUUUAAUACCGGUGACUGUGCUCAACUCCCCGCUACCUAUAAUAGCUAGUCCCCUCCAGAAGAUACCUAUAGUACCUCUCCCGUCGACUGUUAAAACUAAUUAUAAAUCUGUAAAGCGAAAAAUUAAUAACGAUGGCGCUAAAAGUGUUGAUGACAAAACAAAAUCGGAUGCAAAACAAUUCGAUGACUGGGACAGAGCUGAUCUUGUUAAGAGGAACGCUAGACAACUUCUGGAGAGUCGAAGCGCCGCUUCUAGAAGAUAUAGGCAAAAGUUAAAAGAAGCGAUGCAUAAACAGAGCGAAGAGAACAGACACCUGCGGGAACUCAAUCAGAAGCUGAACGCUGAGAAGGCGGUCCUCAAGCUGAUCAUCACACAGCAUCUCAAGAAGUGUCCCAUUGGUGACGAUUUGAGAAAUAUUCAAGAGAAGUUACACAACGCCAGUCGAAAUUUGAACACAACCGACAUUUGAAUACCAUUAAUUAUUAUAUAUUUAUUAAUACUAUACAAAUUUAUUUUUUAAUACUUUG